UAUAACGAGAGAGGAGUCCCCGAUCCGAUGCCACCUUCUCCUUCUUCGCGUCCGGGCUCUUUACCCUUUCUCCUUUCCCUCUCUCUCUCCCUGGUUCCGAUUCCAUCGUCGCCCCCGUCCUUCAUUAGCCGGUUAGGAUUUUUGACGCAGGAUAAUUAUCGGUUCUCACGCAUCAGGAUUCAUUGAUCACUAGGCUUAUGUGAUGAAUGCGUUUUCCCCUUCGGUAAGAUUGCUAAUAUGUUUUAGUCAUUGGAGUCGACUUGGGUUUAGCAGCGUACGAUCACGAUGAGCGAGGUAUUCGAUGGUUACGAGCGCCAAUACUGUGAGAUCUCCGCGUCUCUCUCGCGUAAAUGCACAUCUGCUGCUCAUCUCGAUGGAGAGAAAAAGAAGCAGAAGGUCUCGGAAAUCAAAGCUGGCCUGGAUGAUGCAGAAAAUUUGAUUAGGAAGAUGGAUCUUGAAGCGAGAAGCUUGCAGCCGAGUGUAAAGGCAGGAUUGCUGGCAAAGCUGAGGGAAUACAAAUCAGACCUUAACAACUUGAAGAGUGAACUGAAAAGAAUUACCACCCCUAACCCUACCCAAGCUUCAAGGGAAGAGCUGCUGGAGUCGGGGAAGGCUGACAUGAUAGCGGUCUCUGCUGAUCAAAGGGGACGGCUAUUGAUGUCAACAGAGAGACUUAAUCAGUCUACUGACAGGAUAAAGGAGGGUAGAAGGACGAUGCUAGAGACAGAAGAACUUGGUGUUUCAAUUCUUCAGGACCUACAUCAACAACGGCAAUCUCUCUUGCAUGCCCAUAACACGCUGCAUGGAGUCGACGACAACAUCAGCAAGAGCAGGAAGAUCCUGACUGCCAUGUCAAGAAGGAUGGAUCGGAACAAGUGGAUCAUCGGGGGAAUCAUGGUGGCUCUGGUUCUGGCGAUUCUGGUGAUCCUGUACUUUAAGCUCACUCAUUGAAGACCUGCCAACUCAUGGUUGGGGUUCUGACGAGUGUGCCGUAAGUCUUGCUACGGUUGAUGUGUGUUUCGUUCGUUUGCAUUGCAUGAUCGUUUAUUUCCAUGGAAGAACUUCUUCA